AGUCUAGAAAAGGCCCAGGCUGGACCAAAUUUCUGCCUGGAUUCUUUGUGGAUCUCUCACAAAGAUUGUGAAUACCUCCCUAUCCUGACAGCAUUCAUUUAAAAAAAUCAACUGCAUGACGGAUGCAAAAGCAGAUUUAACAUGUCCUUGAAAUAUGGAUGUCUGCAAAAUUCCAGUUUGUGACUGUUUCCUUCUCAGAGGCUUUUGAAUGGCAUGCUCUUUUGUAAUGUAUUAAAUUCCAUAAUGUCAUCAUCUUCGACCCCAAGGUCUUCUCAGUGAUGGCUGGAAAUGAUGGUGCCUUUGUAAUCUCUCUUCAACCUGGUAGAAACAUAACAGUUAAAAUAAAACCUGGAUCUUCUGUUCCAAAUUCCUGUGCACUGCGUGAAGGAAAAAAGACUCAUCUUUCUGAGCAAAUAAUAAAGCCUGGACAGAAGUUUGAUUUUACCUUUGAUUGUUCAACGCCAGAGAAAUAUUGGGUCAUAGUGGUGGAGAAGAACAUUGAUUGUCUGUCAGGUCCAUGUCCUUUUGGAGAUCUUCAGCUUCAGCCUCCUGGAUUGCCACGCCUUAAUAGGACCUUCAUUUGGGAGGCUAAAGCUAACAGAAGAGUUGGACUUGAACUGAAGUUCUCUCCAUGGUUAAGGCAAAUUCUGCCUGGAGACACCUGCCCUGAUCAAAUUAUUUACAACAUUGGCAGCCGUCUGGGAAUAGAUAGAGUCCACAUUGGAGCCUUCUGCAGAAAUGGUUCAGUGUCACGGGUAAAGGCACAAGGCGAUGCUAUUUUGAGUCUACAACUUCCUUGGGAUUCAAAACUCACAGCCUCUGGAGUUAAGCUUGAAAGCAGAUCAUCCAUACAACGACUGUGCAUUAUUGAAUCGACAUUUGAAGGCAAAUCAUCAGCAACUUUGAUGUCUGCCAACUAUCCAUUUGGGUUACCAGAAGAUGAACUCAUGACAUGGCAGUUUGUUCUUCCAUCCAAUUUAAGAGCAGAUAUCAACUUCAUCAAUUAUACAAAACCAAACUGUGAACGGAAAUAUGAGCGGGUGGAAUAUUUCUUACCUGAUUAUUUUUCUGGGCCUGAUGUUAGAGUGUUGUCCCUGAAUGAUGUGCAACCUGUCAAUAUUCCUGGCAGUUUCAACCUUUCCCUGCAAGGAUGUGACCAAGAUGACCUGAAACCAGGGGCACUCAGUCUCCUUUUUAAAGUGGUUGUUGAUUACCCUAAAAAUGAAGAGAAUGUAACCCACCUAAUUGACCUAACACGCGAGAAGACUAAUCUUACAAUUUAUUCAAAGUCAUCAAACGUUGGAACAAAUUCAAUGAAUGAAUGCUUGAUCUGUGUUCACUCUAGCAGAAACUGCAGACCAAAUGUGACUUUAGAAUAUGGCCUCAUCUAUUCAGUCACCUUUCUGUGCCAAGAUUUGGAGAAUAUAAGGAUAAUUGCUGAGCAAAGUAUAGUUUGCUGGAAUGCCAGAACAUGUGAAAACUUAUUCUUCCAGCUGGCUGUGCCUUCUGUUCUUCUCCAGCUGCCAGUUUUAAUUGAAACAUUUACAUGGAAGAUUCAAGCUCUUGAAGCAGUGAAUAUAGAAAUCAGGUCUUCCACCUUGAAACUCAAGCAACAUAUCCCAAACCGGGAUCAAAGGUGCACUGGAAGUUAUAGUUAUAUCAUUAAUGGCUCCAGCCCAGGAAGGGCAUGGAGUCUUGGUUAUUUUUGUCCUGGUGGAGUCAUUGAAAAAAUCCAGAUUAAAGAUAAUGUCACCAUAACCCUUAAGACAUUUGGCAAGAGAUGGUUCAAUGAGUCUAAUGCUCAGAAGGGGGAUCUGAAGAUGUUUUUUAAGCCAGUUCUACAAGAAGAUUGCAUUUUUACCCUUAGUCCGGAUCCAAAAGCCAGAGUUUACCUACAGACUCCUAACUGGCUGGAUGGCCUUCUUCCUUUUAUGUCAGUGUACUGGAAUAUCAGUGUCCCACCAAAGCAAGUUGCACAGCUGACAUUCUUAAAUGAACGGAUGGGCAUAACGUGUGAAAAGAGUAGGGCUUUUAUCUAUGUUAAAGAACAGAGUCCAAAAGCAGUGGAAACUGUGUGCCGUGAUGAUAAUGUACUGCCGAAGACCCUAAAUAUGCGACAGCAUUUUUGGAUUAAUAUCACUAAUUGUAAACCAUCUGCCAAGCAACAACUGAGUUUGCAAUUCUUGGUGAUGUUUCAAAAAAAUUCAGAUGUGACUGUCAUAAUUGGUGUGGUGGCUGGCGGGAUGGCGGUGCUAGCUGUUAUUGGUGUCGUCAUCUGCUGUGUUAAGAAAAAGAGAAAAAGCAGAAAAAAGGAAAGCCAACACCCAGUGGUGGGAGUGUAUAAUGCCAAUGUCAAUACCUUGUUACCUGGAAGGCAGGCCAUUUUUAAAAAGGAGAGGAAGAAGAAUGAGUCACAUGUCUAUGCAGUCAUUGAUGAUGUCAUGGUUUAUGGGCACCUGCUUGAUAAAUCUACAAGACCAGAAAUGGCUGAGGUAGGGGUGUAUAGGCCGUUUUCUGGACCAGUCAGUCCUAUACCGCCUUCCCCACCUCCAAUCAGGAAAGUAUCUAAGAGCCCGGACCUUCAGGAAUCAUCAAGCAUGCUUGUAACUGACAGUGAGAACUAUACCUUUGCGCAUCAUGCACCAGAGGAUAUCCAGAGCAAUGGUGACCUGAAUGUGAGUGGUAAUGGACACGUGGGCAUCAGGAACAAUGAACAGGGAAAUUCUGUGGAGUAGACCUGAUAUCUUGGUGAUCUAUGACUUCUCUGAUUCAAAGAAAAAACUAAUUCUUUCAAUUCACUUGUGGGCUGUGUUUGAAACCUAUUUUUCUGUGGUUUCUUUUAUUGAAACAUGGAUUGCAGAUCUGUUCAUAUUUUUGGAAAGACGUUUGAGAAUGUAAUGCAUGUUGUAUAGGAAUGCAAACAACUUUUAAGUUUGCAGACAUUUUCAGCCUUUAAUAUAAGUGAACAACUUUUUCUUUUAAAAAAAGUCAACAGACCAACCAUUGAAUGUUAAACAAAACUGAGGAAUGAUGUUAACAAAAAGACUCUUGAUCUAAAGAUUGCACUGGGUACUGAGCACUAAAUGGCAAGAACUGUGCUUUUUGUAAAUGCUUUUUUUGUUUUUUACUUAUUCCCCCUUUCAAUACAUUGUGUAAUAUAUGAAUUUUUAAGACGAUUACUUUUUAUUUUAGUCCUGUGGAUAUAAUGUAGUGAAUUUUAAUAAAUUAUUCUCAGUUGCCUAUUUCAAAGGGUGGGCAAUGCCAAGGUUCUAAUGAAAAUGAAAGGACCGUUCUGGAAUUAAUGGAAUCACUGCUCCAUUGUUACUAAGCUGUGGGUUGCCCUCCUACUUGACUAUAAAGGUAUUCUGAUGUUAGUAGGUAGGAAACAAGCCUUCAGUGGCAUAUUUGGGCUUGAGCUCCAUGGCUUCUUAGCAACUUUAUGCUAAGAAGCAAUAUGAUAUCUUGGAAAUCAACAUAAGACUAUUAUGUAGAUAUGUACAGCCAGCGAUUAGGUACUGGCUUUCAAAUCCUGAAGUAGAGACUUAAAGAAAACAGAAGUUUAUUUUCAUGGGUAACCCAAAUUAUAGUUAUUAAAGCCUUUUAUGGUUCUGGAUGUUCAAAGCCCAGGUUGCCAAAAGUCUGUCUGUGUAUCCAUAUGCCUCCUUGUGGGGAGGGGCAGUAUGGAAGUUUCUUUGUAGAACACACAAUUUGGAACAUAGCAUCAGACUUUAACAUAGGCAUAGAUUGGCAUAUUGUGAAUUAAUGUUUGAUAGGUUUGGUUAAACUAAAAUACUCAAUUUUGAUACUGCCCAACUCCAACCACCUCUGGAUAGUGUAGAAUAAAACCAAUAGAAUAAAAACAAAAUACAAUAAUCCUAGAAAGAAUAAAAAAAUAAUAAGGACCAAUGGGGGAGGGUCCAGAAAACAAGAAGCACACGAUCCAGCAGGAGCCCCAUCCACCCUAACCCGAGGCCUGGGAGAACAGAAUGUAAGUCAAAAAAGGAACAGAAAAGAUAUAGUUAAGCGUGUUUUGUGUUUUGCAUUGUUUUUUCAGUUUACUAUCCUUAUGGAAUUUAUCUUGUAGAAAUACUCUUGUCAUACACAGGAUUCCACUCAAAACAUUCAGUAGCUGAAAAGUUGCGGGAGAGCAUUUUCACUUCAGCUUGAAAUUAGCAUUCGGCAAUUCUGCAUAAGCAGAUAACAGCUGCAAAAGACUUUUGCACAGUUCUAACCUCAGUGGCUUUUGAACAAAGGAUUUUCCUGGUGAAACGUAUCUAUAUAUGAGGUAUAUAUAGUUACAUUUUUAGAAGGAGGGAUUAAAAGCCAAAAUGAAUUGCUAGAAUCCAGGAGGUGCUGUGGACAUGCCUUGUAUGUACAGCGGAGCUUCCAAGAGCACCCCUUUCUCACGCUUUGCUGCGCCAACAUAUUGUUCCUGAGACUUGGAGGACCUUCUGGAAUGGCCCGUGCAUUGUAAAUGAGCUGACAAAAAGAACUGGGUGAUGUUAAGACUGUCAUAGAAUUGCUGCAUUUUCUGAUGGUUCUAUAUGUAGAACUAAACCAUUUAGAAUAUUUUGUACAGCUGUAAUGAUUUCUAUUAUCCUAUUUCAGGGAUUGCAAACAUUUGGAAGGUUACAGGCUGCAACUCAGCCUCCUGAUUUUUCCAAAGGCUGCAGGAGGCCUUCUGGUGAUGCUGUGACAUCACAGGAAAAGGCGAGGCUGGUUUUUGCCAAGCUUUUAAUGCUUUAUUUAAUGGCUGAUGUUUUCUUAUUUAACUGCGUAGUCAGAUAUAGACUGAACAGGUUGUUUGUUCUGAUAAACGAUUAUAUAUGGUUUAAGUCCUUGUAUCCUCAGGCAAAGGAGCGAGUGCAAACAUUUGUUUACUAUUCUUACAUAUGUAUAUUGUGAAUUUUGUCAGGCAUGGUUGGGAUUAUUUUAUUAAAAAGAAAGUAUAUUAAAGCACUGGCAAUUGUCCUUUCUGAAGUUACAACAACAUUUCCUGGUAGCAUAACUAUUUCUGAAAUCAAGAUUCUUGUCGGUGGCAAGACAGAUUCAUCUUUUCCCCCACUCCUAGUAGAGGGGCUGUUAAACCUUCAUGCAUCCAAAAUUCCAGAUAACUGAAUCUUAACUGUUGGGUCAAGUAAACAUUGUGAAACUACCUUCCUCUCCUGUCUCCUUUAUUGCUUUUCUGUCACAGUUUUUUUACUCUUUGGUUAGUUAUAACUUGCUCUUGGUAUAUUUCUUUCUUGCCUUUAUAAACCAACUUAUUAAGUUGCUUUCUUAAUUUAGACAGGAUAUUUGUAAAUAUUUGUCACAUUUUGAAUAUGAUUGAAAGUCCUGGUGUUAGUGUUUUCGUAAUCUUGUAACAUGGUAGUUCUUGUAUGUUCCUCUGACAUGGUUGUUUUAUUUAAUUUGCAUUAAUGCAUAUAGUUGAAAUGUGUGUGUAUAUACAUAUUAUGUUUAUUUUGUGUGUUCUUCAGA